AUGCCCAGCAUACCUCUCUACCCUCCGCGCGCAGCCGCCUCCACCCUCUCCAACCCCCUCCCCAAGCUUCUCCAAACACCAAGCGGCCUCGCAAUUCUCGAGAUCCAAGGCACGAUCCACACUCCUCCUGGUUCCUCAGAGGACUCCGCCGAUGCAAAGCCCUCACACACCUCUGUCGGCACGCUCGUCUUCCCCGACUACUCCCCCUCCGACCCGCCGGACGACACCAAGUGGAUGAAGCGCGUGUACCUCUAUGUCGGGAGGCAUCAGCGCAUGACGGGGGAGGUAAGGAAGUUGGCCAGGCCGGUGGGGGUGGUGAGGAGAAGGGGGCUUGGAGCGGACGGGGAGGAGGGAGACAGGGAUGGGGAAGACAAGGGGAAAGGAAAUGGAAAGGAGGAGGAGCUGGAGAUUGUGGAGGUUGUGAGACAUAAGGUCGUGUUUUCGUCGAGGCCGGAGCCUGUGGGUGGGGAGUGA